AUGAGUGCCCGGGCGCCCAAGGAGCUGAGGCUGGCGCUGCCGCCGUGUCUCCUGAACCGGACCUUCGCUUCGCCCAACGCCAGCGGCGGCGGCCACGCGGGUACCCGCGGCCCGGGAGCGGGCGGUGGCGGCGGCGGCACCUGCAUCACGCAGGUGGGACACCAGCUCUUUCAGUCCUUCUCCUCCACGCUGGUGCUGAUUGUCUUGGUGACCCUCAUCUUCUGCCUCAUCGUGCUGUCCCUGUCCACCUUCCACCUCCAUAAGCGCAGGAUGAAGAAGCGGAAGAUGCAGAGGGCUCAGGAGGAAUACGAGCGGGAUCACUGCGGAGGCGGCCGCGGCGGCGGGGGGCUGCCCCGGGCGGGCAGGCAGGCUCCGGCCCCUGCGAAGGAAACCCGGCUGGAGAGGCAGCCUCGGGACUCUGCCUUUAGCGCCCCCUCCGAUGCCUCGUCGUCGUCCUCCUCUUCAUCCCCUGGCCUUCCCUGCCAGGGUCCCUGUGCUCCUGCGCCUCCGCCGCCAGCCUCCAGUCCGCAGGGAGCACGCGCGGCCUCCUCCUGUUUGGACACAGCUGGCGAGGGCCUGUUGCAGACGGUGGUACUGUCCUGA